UUUCAAUUUCUCUUCAAAAAGUUUUUACGAAAGAAGAUGAAAAAGGGCGUGAUAGAGCUAGGCGAUGUGACAAGCCACAACAUAAAACAGUUGAGACGGAUAAAUGAGGUAGUCUUCCCUGUAGUAUAUAACGACAAAUUCUACAAAGAUAUUUUGGAGGUUGGAGAGCUUGCCAAGUUAGCCUUUUACAAUGACAUCGUGGUCGGGGCCGUAUGCUGUCGAGAGGACAAGAUGGAUGGCCAGAAGAGGUUGUACAUCAUGACACUUGGCUGCCUUGCCCCAUAUAGAAGAUUAGGGAUAGGCAGCAUCAUGCUGGAGCACAUAUUAAAUAUAUGCCAGACAGAUGGCCUCUACGAUAAUGUCUACUUACACGUCCAGAUCAGCAACAGCAGUGCCAUCUCCUUCUAUGAAAAGUUUGGUUUCAAGAUCGUCGAGACGAAAGAAAACUACUACAAAAAGAUCGAGCCGGCCGACGCCUACGUCCUUCAGAGGUCAUUCAAAGAAGGGCCCAGUGGGGAUGUGUUCAUUGUUAAAGAGGGCGGGGAUGCCACCACGGAGGUCACCAAGGUCAUUGAGGAGGGUCAGGGGUGUAAAAAGAUGGGUGACAUCAGAGAAAAUGGAAAGAAAUGAUUUUAUUUUUUGUUGUUUUGCUUUUUUAUUAUUACUAAACUUGUUAUUAUUGAUAUUAUUAUUUAUUAUUUUUAGAUUAUAAUAAAUAAAAAUAUCUGAAAAUUUCAAUUUUUCGGAAUUUAAAAAAAAAUUUUUAAAUUUGUCACCGUUUAACAGUUUAUUUAUAUGUUGUAUGAGAAUUAAAACUUUUGAGACACAUUACUAAUGGUAUUAUCUGUUUUUUUCUUUAUUUAUCCUAUCUCUCUCUCUCUCUAUCUAUCUAUCUAUCUAUUUCUGUAUAUCAGUAUCAGUACAAUAAGUAGAGUGUUAAGAUAAUAAAAAUU